CCAACUUCAGUUUCUUCAGGCGUGACCCAUCACAUCAUCAACCACAAAAUCUGCAUUUCAUCACCACAUCACCAUUUCAUCUCCAUAACUCAUCUACGUCUAGAGAAGUUGUCGCAUCGAUCGUCCCAUCACAAUGGUGGGCGGCGAUCAUGGCAACGAGUCCAACGAGACACCUGAGCCCGUGAUCAAGAGCUUUGCGACUCUGAUGCAACUACAAAUCGGCGUCAAGGCAUUUGUUGAAAAGAAUGGAGAAUCGAGAAAGGCUGAAAUCCUGUCAAUCAAGCAAAGGAAUGGGGCUUUGACUUUCUAUGUACACUAUGUCGAGUUCAACAAGCGGCUCGAUGAGUGGGUGACGGCAGAUCGUAUCGAUUUAACACAGGAAGUUGAGUGGCCGGCGCCAGAAAAGCCCGAGAAGAAGAAAACAACAGUGACAACUAAACAACCUUCCAAAGCCGCAACCUCUAAAGCCAUUACGAACAACAAAGCAGGACGUCCACGUACCGAAUCAAGACCGGGUUCCGCAACGCCAGACUUGCUGUCUUCGAAGGCAGGCAAUGACAGAAAACGGCCGAUACCAAGCAAAGCUGGUGGGAAGGAGAAUCAAGAAGACGAUGCCAUCCUACCCGAUGGAGAUGCUAGUCUUAUGACCACACAGGAAGGUACUCCUUUACCGGUCCCAAGUCGAGAUGAUGGCGUGUCCACCCCGAUGGCGUCCACUGUUGCUGGCGACAACGACGUCGAGAUGCAAGACGUCACCAAAACCGAAGAAAAGGUUGCUCCCAUCAUGGAGCCCGAAGAAGAGAUUGAGAAACUCCGAACAGGCGGCAGUAUGGUCCAACACCACGCUCAACUUCAUCUUGUCCGAAAUUUGAAUAAGAUUCAGAUGGGCAAACACAUUAUCGAGCCCUGGUACUUUUCUCCCUACCCACAAGACUUCACCGACGUCGACCUGGUUUACAUCGACGAAUUCUGUCUCAGUUACUUCUCGAGCAAAAAGGCGUUUGAACGACAUCGGAGGAAGUGCGAGCUGCGACACCCGCCGGGCAAUGAGAUUUACCGUGACGACUUUGUCAGUUUCUUCGAAGUGGACGGCCGAAGACAGAGGACCUGGUGUCGAAACCUGUGUCUCUUAUCUAAGCUGUUCCUGGACCAUAAAACCCUCUACUACGACGUGGACCCGUUCCUGUUCUACUGCAUGGUCACGCGUGACGAACACGGAUGUCACCUGGUGGGCUAUUUCAGUAAAGAAAAGGAGUCGGCUGAGGGAUACAAUGUUGCAUGUAUUCUGACUCUUCCACAGUAUCAAAGACAGGGUCUAGGUCGAUUACUUAUUGCCUUCUCGUACGAACUCAGCAAACGUGAGGGUAAGUUGGGCUCGCCCGAGAAGCCUCUCUCGGAUCUUGGACUGCUCGGCUAUCGACAAUACUGGAAGGAAGUCUUGAUCGAGCUUCUGUCAGACCCAAAUCGGUUACCACCGCCAGGAUCGGCAACACAUACGCCGACGAGUGAGCACCUGCAUCCGCAUGCUAGCCUUUCCUUUUCCACGGGAUCUGGGGGACAGUUCUCAACCAGUAUUUCCGAGAUUGCGACACUAACGGCUAUGACGGAAAAGGAUGUGCACGAGCAACUGGAGGUGUUGAAAUUACUACGGUACCACAAAGGCGCAUGGAUCAUCGUGGUUCGAGAUGAAUUACUCGAGUGGCAAGAGAAGAGAAUCGCCAAGGAGAAAUUGAAGGGAGCCCGGAGGAUUGAUGCAUCCAAAUUGAAUUGGAAACCGCCUGUUUUCACCGCUAGCAGCCGGACAUGGAACUGGUAGGGGACGCAUUCCAAGGAAUUGGGCGAUUGGGCAUCAGUGAGGUAUUGAUCUCGAGGGUGCAGCAUGCUCGGCAGUGGUACCAAAUCAUUGAUCUUGAACUUUUGAGCAAGGCGUUGGCCGGUGGGAGGAUGACAGAUGUGUUGUCAUGGCUAGAUAGGCCCUCAGCCUUCAGGCAAGGGUGGGAGCCCCAGUCCCUUUGACAGCAGCUUGGGUAUUAUUGGUACUAGCUUUGUACUGGAUUCAUAUCACAUCUCCAUUGCUUGAUACGACAAUGAAUCUUUUGAAC